ACUCAAUUGCGGAAGAAGAAGAUAAAACGUUAAAAAAAAACUCUCGUAAUAUUAAUAAUCCCUCCUCGAUUCUGAAUUUCUGAUCGUCUCUUCGCUCUCUUCUUUCUUCUUUACAAUUUGAAUAUCUUUUCUUUAGAGAUCCUCGCAUCUUCAUCUUCCUCCCCCCCCCAAGUGUCUCUGUGUUGGAUCAAAUUCAAACGGUGAUUCUAUUCCAUCUUUAAACUUUCCUUUCUGUUGGAACCACUUUUUAUUUUCCCUUUGGUGUGGUCAAUGGUGGUGAUGGAGGACAACGAGAGCUGCGGAAGUAGAGGGAUUAGCGAUAUCUUACCGACGUCGCAGGCUGCCAUCGACCGUCGCGAGCGCAUGAAAAUGGAGGUUUUCGACGAGGUUAUCAGCCGUCUCCGUCAAUCUGACACCAUAGACGCCGAUCUCCCUGGUUUCGUCGACGACCUCUGGGCUCACUUCAAUCGCCUCCCCGCUCGGUAUGCUUUGGAUGUGAAUGUAGAGAGUGCUGAGGACGUUCUCAUGCACCAGAGACUUCUUCACUCCGCUCUUGAUCCAAACAACAGACCUGUUAUCCAAGUUCGUCUCGUCCAGGUCCAACCUCCUACGGGGAAUAUCUCAGCUGACUCCACCGCCUUGGACUCUCUUACUACUAAUGAACCUGAUCAAGCUUCUACCAGAAAAAGCAUUCAUCCGCCGCCUGCAUUUGGUUCAUCUCCCAAUCUUGAAGCACUUGCACUUGCUUCCACUAUAUCCCAUGACGAGGAGGAGGGAGGCACCUCUGUGCCUAACAAUUCACGGCCCUUGCAUGAGAUAACCUUUUCCACAAUAGACAAGCCUAAACUCCUUUUUCAGUUCACUGCAUUGCUUGCUGAGCUUGGACUCAACAUUCAAGAGGCUCAUGCCUUUUCUACAACUGAUGGUUUCUCUCUAGAUGUCUUUGUCGUUGAUGGUUGGCCUUACGAGGAAGUAGACAGACUUAGAAUAGCAUUGGAGAAAGAAGCAGCAAAAAUCGAGGACCAAAGCUGGCCUAUGCAGCAGUCAUUCUCUCCUGAAAAGGAAAACGGGCAAACAGGUGUCAGGACGGUCGCAAUACCCACUGAUGGAACUGAUGUUUGGGAAAUCAACCUUCAACAGUUAAAAUUCGGGCAUAAAAUAGCAUCUGGUUCUUAUGGAGAUCUGUAUAAAGGUACAUAUUGUAGCCAGGAAGUUGCUAUCAAAGUCCUCAAGCCAGAGCGUCUAGAUUCUGAGCUAGAGAAAGAGUUUGCCCAAGAAGUCUUUAUUAUGAGGAAAGUUCGGCACAAAAACGUCGUUCAGUUCAUUGGUGCUUGCACUAAGCCACCACAUCUGUGUAUUGUUACAGAAUUCAUGCCCGGUGGAAGUGUAUAUGACUAUCUACACAAGCAAAAGGGCGUGUUUAAGCUUCCAGCUUUGUUAAAAGUAGCUAUAGAUAUCUGCAAAGGGAUGAACUACUUACACCAAAAUAAUAUAAUUCACAGAGAUUUGAAGGCUGCUAACCUUUUAAUGGACGAGCAUGAGGUUGUCAAGGUUGCUGACUUUGGGGUGGCUAGAGUAAAAGCACAAACUGGAGUGAUGACAGCUGAAACAGGAACAUAUCGCUGGAUGGCUCCGGAGGUGAUAGAACACAAGCCAUAUGAUCACAAGGCAGAUGUUUUCAGCUACGGGAUUGUGCUAUGGGAGUUAUUGACUGGCAAGAUUCCAUAUGAAUACAUGACGCCAUUGCAGGCAGCAGUAGGGGUGGUUCAGAAGGGACUACGGCCUACAAUCCCGAAGAAGACGCAUCCGAAAAUGAGAGAACUAAUGGAGAGAUUGUGGGAGAAGGAUCCAAUGCUGAGACCAGACUUCUCAGAGAUAAUAGAGCAGCUACAAGAGAUAGCCAAGGAAGUAGAAGAAGAGGAGGAGGAGAAGAAAAGAUCACCAACGGGAGGAGGUGGGGGUAUCUUUGCGGCCCUCAGGAGAAGUGCAACACAUCAUUGAAUAAAUUGCAUUGAUCCCUCCCCCAGUACUUGCUUCCAAAAAGACUGAUUUGCGGAGUUUUUGUGUUGCUUACCUGCUCAAUUGAUUUUUUCCUUUCUGUAAGUUAUAAAUUUAUAAUACCCCACACAUAUUGUUCACUCCAUCCAACAUUUCAAGUUGUUGAUGAAAGAAAACUUCAUGUACAUGUAAAACUGCAGUAGUUAGAAAGAUAAAACUCUUGCUUCUUAAGA